AUGGUUAUAUGGAUCACCCUUAUGGGACUAGCGAUUUGCCAGCCAUUAUUUCUUGGUGGAAAAUUGAUCAACGAAGAAGUGGAAGUUUCCAUUACUGAAAAAGUUGGUGAGCUUCAUGUGCCCAAUGAAAUUGAAGCUGCUAGCAUUGCCCGUACAUUGGUCAAUAGAGAAAGUUUAGCUAAUGUUAAUACAUUGAAAACGUUUAAACAGGAAGACGGAACUGAAUCUCAAGUUCCCGUUUCAUCCAUGGAAUACUAUGCUGAUUGUGAUGGCGAUGGAGAUCCUUAUUGGUUGGUUGUAGAUAUUGGAUCUACAUAUCAAAACAUAGUUGAUGGCUCUGAUUAUUCAUUCACCAUAAGAGUUGGUGAUCAUCCCUUGGGCGAUCAUGUAAAUCCUAAUUAUCCUGGCGGUACUACAAGUUCACCUGCUGGAUCACCCAGAGUUCAAUUGUUUGGGAAAUUGGUAGAUGUUCCCCCUGAUUCCAAAUCAUAUGAUGAUUGGUUGAAGUUGAAAAAUUGCUUUACUGCAAGACAUCCAGAUUCAAAAUUUUGGUUACCAGAAAACGUCAUAUCGCCUCAUAAAACUCAUUGGGUUAAGUUUGUUGUUGAUAAGAUUUACUUUGUAGGAGGGUUUGGUGAUAGAGCUUAUAUUGGUUAUGUGAAUCCUGGUAUCUAUCAUUCAGUAUCAACCAUUGAUAAUGGGAUGAAAAAGUAA